CGUCAUCAUUUUUUAAAAUAGUGGUCAUUGCAGCACUUGGAGGAAAAUUCGUUUUAGUCUUGAACGCCUUAAAAAUGCGAACAUCACUGUUGGCAAAUGGUUAAUGUUUGGGUUGACUAGUGUUAAGGCUGUUUUAAUUAAACGUGGACUGGAUUAUAUCUACUUGGAAGAAAGACACGACUUUCCCAGCUUUGUCAUUUGCUGAGCACACUGAACUAGAAAACUGGUUAUCCUGUUUAUCAGCAUUCCGUUCAGCCUUUACAACAACUGGUUCUUUGGAUCUCAGGAAAAGUAAAGUGGAUAAAGCUUGUAUCAUGUGGUCGCGAAAGCACAAAAUAAAUGGGCAUGAGUUACUUGAUACCGUAGCAAUACGCCAGUAUUUCUAUCUUAAAACGCGCGAACGUCUUUUGGCAACUGAAAUGUAUUUGAAAGAGGCAGCUAAUAUUGAAUCUAUAAAUGAAGAGGUUGAACUGAUUGAGCCUGGAUGUAACAUAAAUGAAGAUAUGCUCGAUGAAGAAAACACACCCGGCGAUAGCGAUACGGAAAACAUACUCAGCAAGAACAAAGAAGGUCCCAGCACAACUAAUGAAGGUCAUAAGGCGGAAGACGAAGAAAAAAAUGCUGAUAUAAAAAGCAUGUUUACGGGACUGGAUGCUCAAAUUAAAUGGUAUCUCUCAACAGGAAAGUGUGUAGAUAAUGAAUUGUAUAUUUUCGGACUUCAAUGCCAAAGCUACCAUCCGAGCCGAAAUCUUAUUCUUGAUCCAUACGAUAAAAAUUACAUUAUGUACAACGUCUUUACCAGAGAUGAACUUCAGGAAAUUAUUGAUUACAAGAAGAAGACUACACCUUUACCAUCUGAUGAGUUAAUAACGUUCCUGAAUCAAUUUAAUCUGGAUUCAACGGAGAAAAUACGAGCUGCACUUGGUAAAAACAAUCAGUUUACGCUCGAUUUUGACCCCCAAAAGGAUGCAGACAAAGAUUGGAUCAUACAUACUAUACAUUCUCUUUUGAGAGAAUUUGAAUAUGGCAAUAUGGAUAGAUCCCAUAGUGAAGCAUGGUAUCAGUCACAUAUUUGGUCCAUAAUUGAGUCAUGUUUUGAUAAGCUAAAGGGAGUGGAAGCCGCAAUUGGCGAAUCAGCUAGUUUCAGUAGCAAACGUAGAAUGAACGAAAAACGCCACAAAUCUGCCAUCACUUCUGCACCUCGUUUAAAAUGCGGCUAUAAAUGCGAUCUUGUUUUCCGACAAUACGACAAUGGGCAUAACACGCCGUUGGAAUUUGGAGGAAGCGAAGCCAAACCAACCAUUGAAGAAGAUUUCGGAUCUAAGUUCUUGCAAGAAGGAUUCUUAAAAUUACCAUAUAUAUUCAAAGAUAUGCUAGACGUCCUACUUGAAAAGGUUGGGUAUGACAAUCGAUCUUCACUUCUUCGCACUGUUGGGUUCAUUCACUCAGGGCUCUCUUGCACAAUGAUCGAAUUGGACCGAUCUACAACUGAUAUCUCUCGUGUUUCUAGGGGUAGUACAAUUGAAAUAAGCAAUUCAGUUUCAAACUUUGGCUCUACCGUUUUACCUGCUAUACUCUGCUCUUGGAUAUGAUGUUAAAUUGUCAAGGACGUAUUGGACACUGUUUUAUCUAAUACAAAACAAAAUCAGAAUGGCACUUCCUGGGUCAUCAUCUGUUUGAAAAGACCACCGAUAGCUAUCACACCAACCUCAUGAUUGUGAUCCUCAUCACUAUCACACUCAUUACCCUCAUCACCCUCUAUUAGUAUGAGCUACAAAAUACAGAAACAUCAAUUUUAAGGCACCCCUAUGGUGAUCUGCUAUAUUGUUG